GAUGAGCAGCAGCCGGUUUCCCGCCCUUGCCGGCCUCCUGGAGCGCACGCAGCGCCCGUGCACUACACAGCGAGGCAGGUGCUGCUCCGACCCGCCUCAGCGCAUGGCGUGGAUGAUGUGGCUCCACUGAGAGGCACUGCUCCUAACAGCCCGGCCCCGGCUGGCUGGCGGGGCUUCCGCGGCGAAAGGCGGGCGCGGGGUGCAGAAGGCGGCGCCUCAGGCGAACUAGCAAGCGGCGUCCUUCGCAUCCGCCCCAUUCUUGGCUGACUCCUCGGAGCCGGGAGUGCCGCUGCUAGUGCCCAGACUUCUGCUGGAAGGGAGCGGGGAGCACCUGCAGCGCGCUGCCGAGAGGGUGCAGCCAGCCUGGCAGGGUUUAGAAGUCGGAGAGGGAGUCUUGAAAGGGGGACUCGCGUCCAGCCGCAGCGUCGUUGAGUCCCAAAGAGAAACUCCGCCUGUUGUGUCAGGAACGGCUGGAUAUUUCACCUGGCUGCGCGAAAGAAGAGAACUCGCAAGGGCUGGUGCGGCGAGCAAGAAGAGUUUGUUGGAAAGUGCAGACUUGGCUUUGUGUCCCCAUCAGUCAAGAAUCCACUAUUUCUUUGAUUAGGCUGGGCACCCCCAUGAACGUAACAAAUGUAUCAGGAAAUGGCAUUACUCCCUGGGAACGCAGAUCCCGAGUUCACCUCAUAUUCUUACAACAACUUGGAAACACUUUGCGAGGUGCAGACCAAAAAAGGAUUCUUCUACAAAAAAGCCAAACUUCUGCGUCCUGGGGAAGACUUGUGUUGCUUCACCCGCUGGGAGGACCAAACCCGGUAUGUAAUUAUCAAUGUAGGUGGUAUCAAAUACAGGAUUGCUUGGACCACAUUAGAGAAUUGCCCAUUGACCAGACUUGGAAAACUAAAAUCAUGCAACAACUACGAUGAGAUCAUGGAUAUUUGUGAUGAUUAUGAUGUCAGCUGCAAUGAAUUUUUUUUUGACCGCAAUCCUUGUGCCUUCAGGACCAUUAUGACUUUUUUGACAGCUGGGAAGCUAAGGCUCCUCAGGGAAAUGUGUGCCCUCUCUUUCCAAGAUGAGCUUGUUUAUUGGGGGAUAGAAGAGGAACACCUGGAGUGGUGCUGUAAGAAAAGAUUGCGACAGAAGGAGGAGGAGAUGGCUGAGGCUGCAUUAUUUGAAGAUGAAAUGGUAGCUAAUGAGGAGCCCCAAUGUGCCUUCGAGGACCGCAGCCGUUUGGGUUUGUGCAUGAGAAAGCUCAGGGAUAUGGUAGAGAAUCCUCACUCGGGAGUCCCAGGAAAGAUCUUUGCUUGCAUAUCUGUUUCCUUUGUUGCCAUCACUGCAGUUAGCCUCUGUAUCAGCACCAUGCCAGAUCUUAGAGAAGAAGAAGAUCGGGGUGAAUGUUCACAGAAGUGUCAAGACAUCUUUGUGUUGGAGACUGUCUGCGUGGCUUGGUUUUCCUUUGAGUUCAUCUUGCGUUCCAUCCAAGCAGAAAGCAAGUGCGCCUUCUUGAAGACCCCACUCAACAUCAUAGACAUUUUGGCUAUCCUCCCUUUCUACAUUUCAUUGAUUGUGGAUACAGCCUCUGCCAAAAACAGCAGUAAGCCUGGAGGGGGUGGCGGUGGAGUUGGAAAUAAGUACCUUGAGAGAGUGGGUUUGGUCCUCCGCUUCUUAAGAGCACUUCGUAUCUUAUAUGUCAUGCGAUUGGCUCGGCACUCACUGGGACUUCAAACCUUGGGACUUACCGUGCGCCGUUGCACACGUGAAUUUGGAUUACUACUCCUUUUCCUUUGUGUUGCUAUGGCACUCUUUUCCCCACUGGUUUACCUAGCAGAGAGCGAAAUGGGAGCCAAGCAUGAAUUCACUAGUGUUCCCAGCACUUAUUGGUGGGCUGUAAUAUCCAUGACAACUGUAGGUUAUGGCGACAUGGUUCCUCGUAGCAUUCCAGGACAGGUGGUAGCCCUGAGCAGUAUCUUGAGUGGCAUUUUGCUUAUGGCUUUCCCUGUCACUUCCAUCUUCCACACUUUUUCCCGCUCUUACAUAGAGCUUAAAGAAGAGCAGCAACGAGCUGCCAGCAGACAGAUUCAUCAGGUGGAAGAAAGCGCCAAAACUCAAAAUGACGACAGUUCUCAGGGAAAAGACAGCCCACGUCCACAAGGAACAGAUGGAGAGAUGCAUCAUGCCGAGACUGAACAGGAAACUAAGAGUUGCUAACUCAGACCAAAUUAAAAAGUCUAGCAGCUACAGCAUGAAAAAGUGGACAGGUGGAUUAUUUAUAUAUCUGAUCUGAAGCCACCAUUAACCUACCUAGAACAGGGUAUUAAGCCACAAUGAAAGAGAAAGACUGCCUUAUGAAUAAUGACUUAAGUGACCAACCAAUCAUGUUGCUUAAAGUAAUGCUGAUGACAAUUCAGCUUCUGCUUCCUUAGAGCACCAGAGACUCUUCAGCACCACUAUGCAUGUGCGCAUGUGGUGGGGGUGGGUGGGCAAUAUUGCUAAAAGCUCCCCCCCUUCCUGUUAAGGGCCCCGGAUUCAGUGUGAAAUACAUGUGCCAUUGACUAUACAUAGGAAUUUAGAGCAAAGGACAGAUUGCACAAAAAUACUGUUUCCCAAACCUUGCAUCACUGAUGGAUUCAUCAGUGCCCUUCAUAGAGUAUGCACAGAAAGGGUAAAAGGCAAAUCUGAAAGUAGGGAGAUAAAAGGACCUUCUGGUUAACUGCCAAGCUUAUCCCUAGUUUACCUUUCUGUUUUAGGUUUUUUCUUCAAUAGAAAGAAAAUCAAUAAACAUAAUUCUCGCUACCUGCUGACAGAUCUGAUGUGUGCUUUAGCUCUUUAUGCAUUAUUUAGUGAACAUGUAGAUUUUACCACAGUAAGCUUUUGCAUCCUAACUUGGAUGGCAGACAUACACAACCUGUUUUCCUUUGCUCAGAUUUGAUAUAUAUUCUGUUUUAGAAAGACACCCAUCUUCCUUUUUCUUUCAAUGUUUCUGGUGUCUACAACACCCAGUGGCAGCAGAACCAUAGUUCCCCAGUUGGAAGAAUUCAUCUUUAAGAAGCCUGUGACUGGUUCAGUGGGGUGCAAUAUCAACACUUCCCCUAGAACCAGAGACUGAGUGGGAUGUUCCUUUUUCCCUGGGGCGAUCAUGGCCUGAAGUUGGGAAUACUGCUCUUUGGUGCAGAAAGAGCAAUUGAGCUGAUACAUAACGCAGAGGUAACAGGAAGCACAAGCAAAGUAGAACCAACUAGCACACCUAAGCAUGAGGCAAGAGAAGAAUAUGCAAAAGUUGAACUUUGGACUUUGCAAAAGUUUGUAGAGAAGUGGAAGCACAAGUCAUUUUCAUUUAGUCUCUCCUGUUUUAUGAGACAUCUGAAACUGCUUUUCGGAUGUAGAACCAUGUUUCUGUACAGACUUGUGCUCCAUUGGAAGCAAGAGAGUCAUGCACCCAAGACAGAGAAAGUGAGCAUCCCACUCCAUAGGUCUGGUUACAUUUGGGAGCACACACCCCAUUUCUUCAUGACUAACUGUUUCAGCCUCUAGAGAUGGCUGCACCAGGACAGCAGGAGCAAGAAAAAAAGAAGAGCCAGCACUCUGCCUUAUUUGCUGGCUCUUUGUUCCUCUAGUCAGAUAGGAACUUGGCACCUAGUCAUUAGCUGGAAUCACCCCCCCACCACCACCAAGAUGUACCUCAGAUUUGAGCAAAAAUUAAAAGUACCACUAGCCUACUAGAGAGGGGGUUCUAGCUGAGGGGAACAGUACUGUAAAUGAAGAGCAGUUUCUCUUCAAUUUCAGUGGUUUCUGGGCAGUGAGGCUGGGAGGAAAUGACUUACUCCGCAGCAAACAGAAUAGUGGGAGUCAGCUAUUAAAUUGGCUUCACUGACAAAAUAACUAUAUUUUAAAAAUAAUGAAUUUGCUUCUGUCCUUAGUUUAAAAAAAAACCUACAAUUGAUCAUUUUAAACACAGCUUAUAAUUGUUGUGCCCUGUUUUAUUCUUAUUACUUGUUCAAAAACAUUUGAAAAUAAAGAUCGAGACACCUCA